CGACUUCCUGUCUCAUUUCCAUCAACAAUGAUAUACAAGGUAUCCAACUCGGUGCCAAAUAAGAAACAACUGGAGGUUAUGGUGUUGACUGCCCUUGUGGCUCUCACCCUCGCGCGCCCCGACCCUGGCCCAGUGUCGGGCUCCUCACUCGACAGCACCACCGCCCUACCUGCAAAUUUCUACAACGUCCCAUCUGCCUACGACUACUCUGUCCCUGCUAUGGGUCCAGUCCAGAACAACCUCAACAACGCCAACAACUACCGUCGUGGGGGAGCAAGUAAUGGCUUCAUCCCCCAAGGUUCCGUGACAUUGCCGCUGCCAGAUGGUCGUGUGCAGAGAGUGGCUUACUCCGUCAACGGCACAUCUGGCUUCAUGUUUUCGGUGACCUUCGAGGGUGUUGCCCAAUGAUCCCACACACCAAAUUGUUGCCUGUGUCCCAUCACAUCGUCCCAUCCUUGCCCCAAUUUAGUGCUCCAUACUAUUCUCCUGCCCCAACUUGGUGCCCCAUGCCUAUCUCCUGCCCCAAACCAGUUCCCCAUGCUAUUCCCUUGCCCCAACUUGGUGUCCCAUGCCUAUCUCCUGCCCCAGCUUACAAUACCCGAACAAAUUAACUUAAUCGACGACUGGCAAUGUGAAUGUAUUUAUUAUCUGAAAACAUCAAUAAAACUCUACAAAUUAUAAAA